GCCCCCGGGGCAGGGCGCCCCGUCCCGGCGGCCGGCUCUGCGGGGGCUGCCCCAGCGCCGCCGCCCGCAGCCCACCAUGACCGGGCCGAGGCUGGCCCUCGCCGCCGCGCUCCUCUGCAGCUGCACCUCACCGGUGGCCGACGCCAACUCCUGGUGGUCUUUGGCCAUGAAUCCCAUCCAGAGACCUGAGAUGUACAUCAUCGGCGCUCAGCCGGUGUGCAGCCAGCUGCCGGGGCUCUCCCCCGGGCAGCGCAAGCUCUGCCAGCUCUACCAGGAGCACAUGGUGUUCAUCGGGGAAGGGGCCCGCAGUGCCAUCAAGGAGUGCCAGUACCAGUUUCGGCAGCGGCGGUGGAACUGCAGCACGGUGGACAACACCUCUGUCUUUGGGCGGGUCAUGAAAAUAGGGAGCCGAGAGACUGCUUUCACCUACGCCGUCAGUGCUGCCGGGGUGGUGAACGCGAUCAGCCGGGCUUGCCGUGAAGGAGAGCUCUCCAGCUGUGGCUGCAGCCGGACGGCCCGGCCCAAGGACUUGCCCCGAGACUGGCUGUGGGGUGGCUGCGGGGAUAACGUGGAGUAUGGAUAUCGUUUUGCCAAGGAGUUUGUGGAUGCCAAGGAGAGGGAGAAGAACUACGUGAGAGGUUCAGAGGAGCAGGCUCGCAUGCUGAUGAACUUGCAGAACAACGAGGCUGGUCGCAGGGCCGUGUACAAGCUGGCGGACGUGGCCUGCAAAUGCCACGGUGUGUCGGGCUCCUGCAGCCUCAAGACCUGCUGGCUGCAGCUGGCUGACUUCCGCAAGGUGGGCGACCUGCUGAAGGAGAAGUACGACAGCGCCGCUGCCAUGAGGAUCAGCCGCAAGGGCAAGCUGGAGCUGGUGAACAACCGUUUCAACAUGCCGACGCAAGAGGACCUGGUCUACGUCGACCCCAGCCCGGACUAUUGCCUGCGCAAUGACACCACUGGCUCUCUGGGCACCCAGGGCCGACUGUGCAACAAGACCUCAGAGGGCAUGGAUGGGUGUGAGCUGAUGUGCUGCGGACGGGGUUAUGACCAGUUCAAGAGCGUCCAGGUGGAGCGUUGCCACUGCAAGUUCCAUUGGUGCUGUUACGUCAAGUGUAAAAAGUGCACAGAGAUCGUCGACCAGUAUGUCUGUAAAUGAAAGGAGCCACCAAAGCAACAAAUCUAUAUUAUAUAAAUCUAUAUAAAUAUAUUUUAUAUUUGUAUAAAUAAACAGAUGAUGAUAAUAAUUAAAGAAGCUUAUUUAA